GUGUGGGGACUGGUGUACCUGUGGAGCAUCACCCAGGAUGCACGUAUGACACCCGAUGUGCGUAUUCCACGUGGUCUGAUAAACCUGGACUUCCACAACACAUUCUUUAUAACAUCCUAUGGUACUUUGUGGGGAAAAGACUUCGUGCCGUGGAGCUCCACAGCCAUUGCCGAUGUGGUGGCGGGUGGCAGGUUGCCGUUUCCUCUCUUCUUCCACAUGGUGGACAAGCCCAACGCCACUCCAGCCAUUCUGCACUUUAUUGGUCAUGGCACUGGUACAACGAAGACAACU